CAACAGGGUGACACCUGGGCAGUCUAACGAUCUUUAAAAUCACCUUUUUCUCUGUGUGCAUCAAUAAAAGGCAAAGUCAUACAUCACAAUCUGCAGACGGGCUCUUACAAUACCUUCCUCAAGACUUUUUCGCUGAGCCAGGGGUUACCCUCUUGUUACCUUUAAGGAACACUGGCCCUGCUCGUAUUACACUUUCUGUUCAUCACUCACGCCCAGAUGCUAGUAACAGCUCCGGUCACAUCCAGUUUUCCAUAACUUCUUUACCUUCGGACAUCCCAGGGCUAUUUCUCCUCUCAUCUUAGCUCAAAUACACUACACGUCAUAUUAGAUAUAUUCAUCCUUCAGGAGACACAUUCAUUUGUUUGACAUAUCAUCAAUGGUAGGUCAGUCUGAAGUUGCUCUGGGCUAAAUUGUACCACACGAAUCAGGACUGCGCAGCAAACGGAGUCCCAGUAGAAGCGCCUGUGCGCGUAUGCAUCGGAAUCCCAGCAAGAAGACCUACCACCAGAGAGAGUCGAGAAGGGUCUCAGGCAGGGAACUGGAAGAACGUCACCAAACUGCCCUCGUCUUGGCAUCACAUACAUACGCGUGUUCGCCACCUGGGCUACCUCCAUGAGGCAUUCGCCGCUUCCUUGGAGUGCCCGACUGCUAUGGGUGCCCCUUUCUGCGGUGCUACUUGUUGAGAUCGCUGGCUGCUGCCCAUUGAACUGCACCUGUGACUUUACGGUAGUGGCUUGCCCUGGGAAACAGCUGCAAGAUUUCCCAAUCGAUUUGCCCCUGACAGUGCGGCAGUUAGUGUUAACGGCCAACAACAUAAGUGACAUACCCCCACUGCAAUUGAACCUGUUGAGCGACUUGGUGUACUUGGAUUGCAGCAACAAUUCCAUCACUGACAUUUCCGACGGAACUUUUGUUAAUCUUGCUCGUCUGGUGUACCUGGAUCUUAGUGGAAAUCGGAUCAGCCGGAUUUCAAGUGGCACUUUCACCAACCUGGGUAAUCUCAUAGUGCUUCGGCUGGCUGACAACCCGGCACUGAGCGAGAUUGAUAGUGAUGCCUUUGGCAACAACACGAGUUUGCAGCAUCUCGAUCUAAGUAGGGAUAACCUGAGCAGCUUGGACGCGGCCACGCUUGGGGACAUGUCCGCCCUGGUCUCAGUCAGUCUCAGCGGUAACCCCUGGAGUUGUCUGUGCCACCUGGAGGACUUCAGUAACUGGAUGCAAAGCAGGGAGAGUAGCGUAGCAGAUGCCAGUCUCGUGAUCUGCAACCAGCCAGAUUUCCUAAGGGGCAUUCCAGUCAUAGAAGUUGCACAGCAAAUAAUCCAGGAAUGCAACAUUAUUGUCACCUAUGUAGACUACCUGUUCUUCUUUCUGAUUGGCUUUGCAAUAUUUGCUGGUGGAACAAUUGUGAUUUGGAUGACUGGUAGCAUAAUUGUAUAUCAAGAAAAACGAGAAAAGAGGAAAAAAAUAGAAGAAAUAGAAGGGCCACCUAACCCACCAAAAACAAUAUUUCCAGAUAUUUUUGUAAACUUUUUUGUGUAGCUCUUUUUUUAAAACCAAGAACUCGGUGUAUCCCAUAAAGGAUUCAUGUCCAUUAAUGAAUACAAAGAAAAGAGUCAGCCAUUGGUUGCCAUUGGUCUACUUUUGCAGAAGUUUUCUUGAACUUGUAGAAAUAGCGACAUGGAUAAACAAUAUAGAUGACAAUACAGAAGAAGAGUUAAACUAGUCUGACAGUAAUUUACAUAUUGGCAUGUGGGGUCAAAGCAUUAUAAUCCCAAACAAAUAUUUGUUUUUCUAUGUUUAUCACUGUAUUGCAUCAGUUAGCUGCUACAUUCACCAAAUAUGAAGAAACAAGAUGUAACAUGGUCCAACAGAAGAACGUGCGCAGCAUCAACACCUUGUAACUGUUUUGCCUUAAUGCACAGAGACAGAAGCAGCCUGAUGGGAUAGCCAAAUAUGGUGACAUACCACCAUACUGGGACUCAGACUUUCAAACUGGGACACACAGUGUGAAAGAGUUUCAUUCUCUUAACUGCCUUUCAUCCACACUUCCCUCCUUAAGGUUUCUCUUAGGCCUUGUGUUUAACCUCAUAAGAACUGACUGUUUUUGUUGAUGAAUGGCAGUAUAUGGCAAGGAAGGAUGACUGGCACAGAAAUAAGGUUCAAUCCCCAAUAGCUAUAUAUGUUUGCUAAGUGUUCUCUUGGGUGCAGGCCUGUCAUUCACUAUACUGUUAAUCUGAUUUUUGAACAGUUAAUUUAGGUAACAUAAUAAACACAUGCCAUUAAUCUUUUACGUCA